UGUCGAGCAAGUUAGCAUGGCUAUAUUAAAAGCGACAGUGUAUCGCGUCUGUCCGUCCUCGGCAGUGUUCAUUAGAGUAAUUUGGUUCGUUUGGACGCUGUUGUCCGUUCUGAACAUUGGGGCGGUUUUGGGCUACUUUCACGAAGAGCGCUGGAGUCCCGAGUCUCCUCUCUUAGCUCCGAGGGUCGUUAUAGCCUUAAUCUGCCGAAACUCGCAGCAUUCGCUGCCCUAUUUCCUCGGAACCAUAGAGCGUUUGAAUUAUCCAAAGGACAGGAUUGCUCUUUGGGUUGCAACAGACCAUAAUGCUGACAACACAACGUACCUACUCCGAGACUGGCUUAUCAACGUGCAGAAACUGUACCACUAUGUGGAGUGGAGGCCACUAGAGAAGCCUAGAGAAUAUCCGGAUGAAGGAGGACCCAAAAACUGGCCGAAUGUCCGAUAUGCUCAUGUGAUGAAACUACGCCAAGCUGCCCUGGAAUCAGCUCGAGAGAUGUGGGCCGACUACUUACUGAUAGUAGACUGUGACAACCUUCUGACCAAUCGAGAUGUGCUGUGGAAAAUGAUAAAAGAGAAUAAAACUAUCAUUGCGCCGAUGCUGGAAUCUCGUGCUGCCUAUUCCAACUUCUGGUGUGGAAUGACUUCCCAGGGUUACUACAAACGGACUCCUGCCUACAUACCCAUGCGGAAGCAGGUGCGGAAGGGCUGCUUUGCUGUUCCCAUGGUUCACUCCACCUUCCUGAUAGAUCUGCGCAAAGAAGCCUCCAGACUCCUCGCCUUCCACCCACCACACCCGGACUACAGCUGGGCCUUCGACGACAUCAUAGUCUUCGCCUUCUCAGCCCGAAUGGCAGAGGUGCAGAUGUUUGUUUGUAACAAGGAAACUUAUGGGUAUUUCCCCGUUCCUCUGCGCUCCCACAACACUCUUCAGGACGAGGCAGACAGCUUCAUUCACUCUGUGCUUGAGGUCAAUGUGCGAAAUCCACCAGUGGAGCCCUCCAGAUACCUUCCUGCCCCUGUAAAAAAACCUGACAAGAUGGGUUUUGAUGAGGUGUUCAUGAUAAACCUGCAGCGCCGAACUGACCGUAGAGAGCGUAUGCUUCGGGCGCUCUAUGAGCAAGAAAUCGACUGUAAGGUUGUGGCUGCUGUUGACGGCAAAGCCAUGAAUGUGAGUGAGAUCCAUGAUUUGGGGAUCCACAUGCUGCCAGGCUACAGUGACCCCUACCAUGGCAGACCUCUAACAAAAGGGGAACUUGGCUGCUUCCUCUCCCACUACAACAUCUGGAAAGAGAUCGUGGAAAGAGGGCUGAAGGCUUCACUGGUGAUAGAAGAUGACCUGCGGUUUGAGGUUUUCUUCAAGCGACGCCUGAAGAAUCUGUUGAGUGAGGUGCAGAGCGAAGGUCUGGACUGGGAUCUUAUCUACAUAGGCAGAAAGAGGAUGCAGGUGGACCGGCCAGAGAAAGCGGUGCCAAACAUACACAACCUUGUGGAGGCGGACUAUUCGUACUGGACACUGGGUUAUAUGAUCUCGUUACAGGGUGCCAAAAAGCUCAUGGAGGCAGAACCACUCAGCAAGAUGCUGCCUGUGGAUGAGUUUCUUCCUAUUAUGUUCAACAAACAUCCUGUCUCAGACUACAUGGAGCAGUUUGAGAACAGAGACCUGAAAGCCUUCUCAGCUGAACCCCUGCUGGUCUACCCCACCCACUACACAGGUGAGCCAGGCUACGUCAGUGACACGGAGACAUCCACAGUGUGGGACAACGAGAGCGUGCGCACAGACUGGGACAGGAAACGCUCACGCAAAACCCAUGAACAGGCCAAGAUCAGCACAGAGGCACAGAACUCGGACGUGUUGCAGUCUCCUCUGGACAGCACAGCGCGGGAUGAGCUAUGACCCACACUGUUUGGACCCACCAGAUCCGGAGCCAUGCAUGAUUUACUUUUGGGAUCGAGCAAUCACUUAUAUUUUUUUAAAAAGGUCUUGGGACAUACAACACUAUUUGCCUUUUGACUGACCAAAGAAUGAUUUUAACAAGUUUUCUUUAUUUUCUUCAGAAUGUUUUGUUGUUUCUUUUUCGAGGCUCUGUAUAGGGGUGUAAAAUACUUCACAGUGAACGGAUUUGAUUCAUUUUGAUUAUGAUUCGAAACAAGUGUAUUAUGAAAGCUCAAAUUUCACUAUGAUUUAAUUUGAUUAUUUUGGUGCGUUUCAGAUUUAUUUUUAAAAAACACAUUGGAUAUCCACAACAUUUUGGCCAAAAAUAAGUGCAUACAAUAG